AUGGUACUGAAAACUUGCACCUUGCCGAAUUCUUCGCUGGUGACUUUCAAGCUGAUCUUGCCAGGACCGAUUGUGCGAAUUGCACCAAACUAUUAUUCCAUCGACGACGCAGACGCCAUCAAGACCAUUUACGGCCAUGGGACAAACUUCGUCAAGGGGAAAUGGUACAUCGCCUCCAACAACCCCAAGAACAAGCAUCCAGAUCUCUUCACCGACCUCAACCCGGAGUCCCAUGCCAUCAACAGGCGCAAUGUCGCGUCGUUGUAUUCGAUGACGAGCUUAGUCGCUAUGGAGCCGAAUGCUGUUGCGUGUGCCGAAAUCCUGGUCCAGAAAUUCACCGAGUUCGCAAAGAGUCACACCGCUAUCAACCUGCAAGUCUGGCUGCAAUACUGUCUCCUGGCUAACGACACAUCAGACGCUUUCGAUACCAUAGCACUCAUCACGCUCAGCAAACGUUUUGGCUUCUUGGACACUGGCAAAGACAAUGGCAAUAUGAUCGCUGCCCUGCACUCCUACCUCCUUUACCUCUCAAAAGUCGGCGUGUACCAUGAAUGGCACUAUUUCCUCAACUGGAUCUUGUCAAUGUUGCCCAAUGGUGGGAUGCAUUAUAUGGGUACGUUCAUGCAGCAGCAGGUUCUGGAAGGCCAAAGACAAAAGUCCAAGAGCAUUCUGGAGAAAGACGAGUCGAAGCCAACGGACGACUUCUUGACAAAGCUGCUGAGGAUGCACGCCUUGCAGCCGGAUAAGUUUCCCAUGGAAUCAGUGUUUUCGACCUGUGGGACGAAUAUUGGUGCCGGGUCAGAUACCACGUCGGUCAGCCUGGCGGGUAUUUUGUACCACUUGAUGAAGGCCCCUGCCGUGUUGGAGAAGCUGCGACAAGAACUCGAUCAGGCGAUCGAAGAGCGCGGGUCAAACGACAUACUUUCCUUCCAAGAAGCACAGAAACUGCCCUAUCUCCAGGCCGUCAUCAAAGAAGGUCUUCGCUGCCAUCCAGCAACUGGCCUCCCCAUGGUCCGCGUAGUUCCCAAGGGUGGCGCCAAAAUUGCUGGGAAGUAUUUCCCCGAGAAGACCGAGGUUGGCGUGAACAGCUGGGUCACACACUCCAACAAGAAGAUCUUUGGCCCAGAUGCUGCAAAGUUCAGACCCGAGCGAUGGCUUGAGUCUCCUGAGAGAGCUGCAGAGAUGACUCGCUAUAACCUCACGUUUGGAGCUGGAUCCCGGACCUGCAUCGGUAAAAAUAUCAGUCUGCUCGAGAUCUCAAUCCUGAUCCCCGAGCUGGUGAGGAAAUUUGAUUUCACACUUGUGGAUCCAAACAGGCCACUGGAGAUCGAGAAUGCCUGGUUCGUCAAGCAGAAGAACUUGGACUGUUAUGACACCGCCACACUCAAAGGAUCCACGAUGGCUCUCACCCUGGACGGCACCUUGACUAUUGUGUUUGGUGUCUUCAUGGCCAUCGUGGCUCUUGUGUCGUUGUGGCAGGUGGCACACUUCGCCGCACGUGGUCAUCGGGCUCGCGACCCUCGAGUCGACAGCUUUGAACUGGAGGCAUGA